GAUACCUCAGAAGAAGUUUUAUAUGGAACACAAGACCAAAGAGGGGAACAUCCGCCAGCGAUUAGCCGACAGGAAACACCUAAACCUACUAGAAAGCUGUUUCUACUGAACCAUUUGCGAAAGACGGAACCACAACGCACGAAUGGGCAAAUGUCUCAGGAAGAAAAAGAAAUGCAACGAAGAAAGAAGGAAAAUCAGCACUCAGGGCAGAGGCAUGAUGAUCAUGGACCACUAACACUAUCCGAGGAGUUUUACAGACGGACCGAUCCAAUAGCUGGGCAAUCUCGAUACUUGCCGCAUAGGCAACGCCCAGAACCUCUGAUAGAGAAUCCACUACGUUUACUCUCCCCUAACCGUGUUCUUACGACCACUCCUGAAUCUUCCACGGCUACAUUGCCGCCUCAAAACGUGGCUGUAGAUAGGCUGCUCAACCACCUCUCGUAUCAAGGAGAAAUUCCUGAGAUGAAUUUAGACAUUAACACCAGGCGCCCGAGACGGUAUCGACGAAAUCGAAUACAAUCCCUAUCUCCCGAAGUUCAUAAUCCAUCUGCGUCGGAUCGUUUCCUUGCACAACAGACACUAGAGGCACAACAGACACUAGCGGCAAUUACAAUGGAACUACCGAUACGUCAAACCGUGGCUCCUACAGCAGGCCGGAGACCCUUUGCCGCUUCUAGAGGGGGUUUCUCACAGAUUCGCAAUCCUUUACCAACAGGACGAAGUACUCCAACUGAGCCCGGGAGCCAGCCGGAAUCGACGCCGCAAGAUGAAAUGCCACAUGCUUCCAGUCCCUCUACGCCCCCAUCUCAACUCUCUCCUUCCAUGCCUAGCAGUCCUCCGCUAUCGUCUCCUCGACCACUUUGA